GAGAAAGGGUAGGGGGGGGAGAGACGGCGGACAGUUCCGAGUAAGAACGUCACAUCUCCACGUCUCUGUUGGGAAAUAACAGAGGAGAAAACAGCGCGCUAGACCAGUGCGAUUAGCUGGUUUAUAAAGAGACCAGAAGGCGACACAACACAGACUCCAGCCGGAAAAAGAGGAACAGAGGAGCAGUGCGAGCCCUCAGCGGGAUUAUGGGCCUGUGUUGUGUUCAGUUAAACACCAAACGGUCCUAAAUAGGGUGUUUUCAUGCGCCCUUAAAACCCUGAGAUCUGCUGUGCGUCACACUGGAUUUUAUUAAUGAUGGGUGACCUUUUACCCUAACUUUUUAUUUAUUUAUUUAUUUACUAGUAUGGAUUUCUAACAGUCAUUUUUUGCCGGAAUACCAUUACCCACGUUUGGAGUAUUUUUACGCACAGCCCUCUUGUGUUCGUCUAUCGGGACUUUUUGCGCAGUACAAUCCAGUUUACCUGAUUUGUCAAGUGAAUCAUCGGUAUCACAUCUCGCUUCUGGCUGUACCCGUAAUAGCAACAGAUCACUUAACACAGACUGACACUGGUGCCUCCUGACCGGGGGUUGGUACAUGUUAUUUCUCCAUCUGUUUUGAAGAGUUUCUCAACUCUGGACGACAACAUAAUCUGCCACCUGAAAUGCUGCCUCUGUCCCCUCUGUUGCUCCUCGUUUUCCCCGCCGCGCUCUUUGUGGCCGCGCAAGGCGCCGGGGACCUCCAGGGUUUCACCUUCCGCGCUGGGAACGCAGGUUUCGACCCAACAGGUGGAGGAGAGUGUGGAGUUCAUCAUUGAAGACAUGAAGCAGCAGCAGACCAACAAACACAGCAACCUGCACAGAGAAGACCAGCACAUCACAAUUGAGGAGCUCUGGAGGGGCUGGAAGUCGUCUGAAGUACACAAUUGGACUCAAGAUGACGUGCUUCGCUGGCUGAAGGAGUUUGUUGAGUUGCCACAGUAUGAGAGGAAUUUUAAAGACUUUAGGGUCAAUGGAAACACACUCCCCAGGAUUGCAGCUAAUGAGCCUUCAUUCCUGAGUGGCCAUCUGAGGGUUCAGGACCAGAGAGACAAACAGAAGCUCAAUAUCAAAGCUCUGGAUGUGGUCCUGUUUGGACCGCCUACACGUCCCCCUCAUAACUACAUGAAGGACCUCCUGCUAAUUGUAUCAGUGGUGAUGGGAGUUGGAGGCUGUUGGUUUGCUCAGGCCCAAAACAAAGCCAGUAAAGUUCACAUAGGCAAGAUGAUGAAAGAUUUGGAAAGUCUGCAGAGGGCUGAACAGAGCCUCAUAGAGCUGCAGGAACAACUGGAGCAAGCCCAGGAAGAAAAACGUAAUGUUGCGGAGGAGAAACAGAAUCUGGAGGAGAAGAUGAGGGAUGAGAUCAUCGGGGCACAGGAGGAGGCUCACCGUUUGCACAAGCUGAGGCAGGGAGCUGUUAGUGAGCUCAGCCGCCUCCGAUAUGCAGAGGAAGAACUGGAGCAGGUUCUUGGAGCACUGAAGCAGGCAGAGGAGGAAAUGCAUGCUAGCUGGACUGCCUCAGAGGCCCUCCAGCAGUGGCUGCAGCUGACGCAUGAGGUAGAGCUCCAGUACUACAAUGUCAAGAAGCAGAGUGCUGUACUACAGCUUGUCUCUGCCAAGGAAGAGGCAGAGAGGAUUAAGAAGAAGAGGAGUUCUGUUCUGGGGACUCUCCAUGUUGCCCACAGCUCCUCUCUAGACCAAGUUGACCACAAAAUCCUGGAGGCAAAGAAUUCUCUGUCUGAAGUAACAGCCUGCCUUCGGGAACGCCUCCAUCGCUGGCAGCAGAUUGAGCGCCUCUGUGGGUUCCCCAUCAUUAGGAAUCCUGGCCUAGCAAACCUCACUGCUCAGCUCUACUCAGAUUCAGUUGCUCCAAGAUUGCCCCGAGCGCCCCAGCCUUCUUGUUCAUGCCACAGCUCCGUCCAUGGAUCUAUAGAGGAUCUGUUAGAAGAGUCUACUUCUCCAAUCUUACAACAGAUGCCAGUUCCAGUUCCACCACUGAAGUGCUCUCCUCAAACACGGGGAUCCACCUUAUGUCGGGCACGUCGUCCUGGCGUCAUCACUCAACCACAGGCUGGCAUGAUCUCCCAGGACCCAGACCUUCUCAUCCCCAUCCGAGCCCCAUACCCUUGCUUUGAUGAGGAAAAGGAACUCUUCCUGAAAACUUUAAAGAAACAAGACUCCCAAGAGAUGUUUUCAGACACAGAAUAUAUGGCUUCACCUCCUCUCAGUAAAAUGUUCUCAUGUCCCACUGUUGACACUUCCUCUCAAAAGGUCUAUGAUGAUGAAACUGAGCUGCUUUCAGACAGCUACAUUACAAAGCAUUUGAGCAAAGAAGCAGAAGCUGUGGUUGAAUCUCCAGUUCGCAAGAUUUCUGUACAAGAACUUGAAUCUUCUCUGGAAAACCCUUCUUUGAAGAUGUCCAAAGAAGAUAGAGAGCCUUUGAUAGAGGCUACAUCAAGGAUAAUAUCCAGAGACAGGAGUGAAGUUCCCUUGAAUGUUGCAGUUAAAAAGGGGCAUUCCAAUGAGUUGGAUGCAGACUCUCCAGCCAGGAAAGUAGAGAGAGAUACAAUAGGGGAUUUGAUGGACAGUGCUUCAAGGAAUAUAUACAGAGAAAGAAGUGAUUUACCUCUGGAUGUGAGAAAGAUUCUUUGGAAUGAAUUAGAAGCAACAACAGAUGUGGCACCUAGGAAGAUAUCAAGAGAUAUGAUGGGGGCUUCAAUGGACAAUGCCUCAAGAAGGAUGAUACGAGAUGAUGAGUGUCAGUUUGACUCAGUAUCAAGAAGGAUAACAAGAGAUUCAACGGGAAUGUCCCUAGACACAGGUUCUAGAAAGCUUACAUGGAAUAAAGGAGAAUGCCAGCUUGAUUCCUCUGUGAGGGCAUUAGCAAUGGACAAAAUGGUUGAGACCACUAGAACACCACAAAGAAAGAUCUCUAGAGAUGAGCUGGAAUAUUGUACGGAUACUACUUCCAUAAGGAUGUUACCCAGAGAGAAAUUUGAAGCACUAAUGGAUAACUCAUCCUCUACAGAGAAGCAAGAGUUUGGUUUAGACCCAUCAACAAGUAGGAGGAUACUGAGAGAUGAACUUGAGAUGUCUUCUGGUUCUCUCAGAAGGAGAAUACCAAGAAUGCUAAGAGAUGAGAUGGACAGUUCCAUAGACACUCCCACAGGAAAAAUCCCCAGGGAUAGAGUUGACCUUACAAUGGAAAUACCUAAACAAUCAAUAAUGAGGGAGGAGUUGGGAUCAUCCGAAUCAAGUUCAUCUCCAGGUCGAAUUGGACAGCCAGACCUUAUGGUAACCUCCCAGGGGCCAUGGAAGUCAUCAUCAGACUUUUUUGCUGUUGGUCCCUUGAGCCAGCUCGUUUAUGAUGGAAUCCUUGAAAAGUCCUGCAACUCCAUGGCUACGACCCCAACCAGCCUCUUUGCCUCAACACCCAACCUUCCCCAGGGCAGGCUGUUAGCAGAGGUAGAGCCACAAAUGUCACCACCAAGGAUUCCCUUCUCAUCUCCUCCAUCACCCGGUGACAAGCACAAGAAUAAGGAAAAGAGCAAGAAAUCAUUAAAGCUUAAAAAUCUUUUUAAAAAGAAAAGUGAGUCAACUCCUGAUAAGGUUCAAAGUGGUCUUCAGAAACUCUGACAAUGAGCUUAGAAUAUUGUCUUUUUUUUAUUGUUAACAUUUUAUUGAAUAAGAGAAAAAGUAGUUAGACCUCAUUGAAGAAUUGAAGAUAUUUUUUAGUGAAAAGUUUUACAAAGCAUAAUCUUACCUAAAGCUGGACAUUUACAGCCAGCAGUGUCUAGAAUGAUGAAACAGAGUAAGAAAAAACAAAGAACAUAUUGAUGUUCCCAUUCUCUGACUUUGAUUUUAAAGGCACUGACAGAAUCACAACACAUACUUGAAAGUCAAGAAAAUACAGUACAUUCGGACACAUAAGUUAGUUGCAUAAUGUGAGAUCAAUAUGACUGUCAGUGGAAAUAUUUGCAGUUGAUUUUUUUUAUGUAUUUAAGUCUUAUGUAGACAUAUGGUUGAUACCAUAUAUUAUUUUAGAUGUAAUUUUUUUGAGACUUUAGUAGAAAACUAAUAUAUUAUUUUCUGAGAGAAAUGUAGCUUAAUUUAGGAAUGUCCCAAUCAUACCUUCCCCUAUUUCCAAUUUGAGGCCUGUGGUAUUGAGUAUGAAACAGUUUAUCCUGACGUUGUUGUUACCUCUUCCAUACACACAGCUUGUGCACAGUGCACACAUCAAAAUUUGUAAGACAAUUUAAAUCAAUUUAAUUUUGCCAAUAAGCUUCUGUGAAUAACACGGCCCUACACUUAAACACUAUUUACUGCCAGAGUUAGAACACUCACUGGUUUUAACUGUGUGGGGGUCAUCUGGAAAAACAUGUCAAGUAUUCCCAAGGGUUCAAUCAGGAUUUAGCAUUUCACAUUUACACCAGAAUCUGACGACAGUUGUGGGUAGUUUGAUCCUAAAAUGAUUAAACAACACCUACACAGCCUUGAUGAAGCAGAUUGGAGUUUUUAGGCUCAGACUCUUAAUAAAUAAUACCUAAGGAUUUUUUUUGCUUAACUUUAUAUUUGGGUGCUGCUUACUUAGUCUCGACUAUUAAUUGUUACUCAGGAUUGAUUUAGGAUUUGAAAGUUUUCAGGGGCCUUAAAUAUGUGUGGCAGUUUAAUAGUUCUGCACUAGAAAAUAUAGCCUGUCCAAUAGUGUUUUGUAUAUUCAUGUAGAGGUGUGUCAAUGUGGAUCUGUUGUAGCAGGAAGCUACAGAUCUAAAUCUCUAGAACUAUUAAAAGUUCAAAUGCCAUUUUUAAUCAUCAGCACUUUUAAGAUGUUGCUGAAGUAGACACAAUAUAUAUAUAUAUUAAUGACAGUGUUCCCUGAUUCACGUUUCGUAACUGAGAUUGCUAGCUACUUUCUAUUUAUAUUGUGCACUCUACCAUUCACUUGUCGGUACCUCGAUCACAGCUGUGGGCAUUUUUAACCCAAAGAACAAACAAAUAACCCACAGGUUUGGAAAUGUGUUAAACCUAAUAUAGCCAUUAUUGAUCCAUUCAAUAAAGGAUCUGUCCUGAUCUUUAUCCUAUGAAUCGGGACAACCCAAGUUUAAUUAAAAAAAUGUAUUCCCAAAUGCUCAUGAACAGUUUGUUUGCAAACUGUUUUUUAUUUAUUUAUUUAUGAGGAAAUAAGAAAUGUUUGCAUUUAAAUGCAUAUUUUGAAUGCUUGAAUUGUUGAUGUUUGUGGAGGAUUUACUUAUAUUGUUUACAGGCAUACAGUCAGUACCUUAAGUAGUUUAUUUGAAUUAAAAUAAUUCAGAAGUUUUUACUUGAUUUAAAAAUGUGCUUAUUGGAAUUUUUUCAUGUGAUUACUGUAUUUGUUAAGUAAGGAAUCUAUGGCUAAAAUGUUUUCCCUUGUCUUAGACAAGAACAAGCACUGAAUGGUAUUAUGAAUGUAAUGUUAAAUGAUGAUAUAGGAAAUAAACAUGGUGAAGUUUUGAAAAAGGAAAUAUUGUGCAUUGUUCUACAAUAAAGAACUUACCAUUGACAACAUAAA